AUGGCACCGCAGCUAGAGCCUUAUUUCAAGAAAGUGGAUGAACUCGCCGACUCCUUCAUUGACCGACUGCGAAAGGCCGUGGCUAUCCCCUCCGUAUCAGCAGAUGAGGAAAGAAGAAAAGAUGUCGUCCGAAUGGGACAAUUUCUGGCUUCUGAGCUCGAAGCCCUGGGAGCGGAGGUGCAACAACGCCCGCUAGGAAAACAGCCAGGCAAGGAACACCUCGACCUUCCUCCAGUUGUCAUUGCCCGCUACGGAAACGACAAGAACAAGCGCACCAUUUUGGUCUACGGACAUUAUGAUGUACAACCCGCGCUUAUUGAGGACGGGUGGGCCACAAAGCCCUUCGAGUUGACCAUCGACGACAAAGGUCGCAUGUACGGGCGUGGCAGCACUGACGACAAGGGACCCGUGUUAGGCUGGCUGAACGCUAUCGAAGCGCACCAGAAGGCAGGUGUCGACUUCCCCGUCAAUCUGCUCUGCUGUUUCGAGGGUAUGGAAGAGUACGGCUCCGAAGGGCUCGACGACUUCAUCAACGCCGAAGCCAAGAAGUUCUUCAAGGACGCCGACGCCGUCUGCAUCUCCGAUAACUACUGGCUGGGAACAGAGAAACCUUGUCUUACCUACGGCCUGCGAGGAUGCAACUACUACUCCAUCGCCAUCUCCGGACCAGGACAGGACCUCCAUUCCGGAGUGUUCGGCGGCACGGCCCAAGAGCCCAUGACCGACCUGGCGCUCAUUCUAAGCAAGCUCGUCGAUAACCGCGGGAAGAUCCUGAUCCCCGGCAUCAACGAGAUGGUCGCUCCGCUCACCGAGGAGGAAAAGGCCCUCUACGGCCCUAUCGCCUACACCAUGGACAAUCUGUACGAAUCCCUAGGCUCUCAGACGGCCAUCUUCUCCGACAAGGAAAACACGCUGAUGGCCCGCUGGCGCUAUCCUUCACUCUCGAUCCACGGCGUCGAGGGCGCCUUCGCUGCCCCGGGAGCCAAAACGGUCAUCCCCGCCAAAGUCAUUGGCAAGUUCUCCAUCCGCACCGUGCCGGACAUGGAGUCGGCAAAGGUCAAUGAGUGCGUCUACAAGUACAUCCGCGACGAGUUCGCCAAGCUCAACUCGAAAAACACCCUGGACGUCUACUGCCAGCACGAGGGUAAAUGGUGGGUCGCUUCUCCAAAGCACUGGAACUUUUCCGCCGCCUCCAAGGCCGUCAAGGAGGUCUUUGGUGUGGAGCCCGACAUGACUAGGGAAGGAGGCUCGAUCCCCGUCACCAUCACCUUCGAGCAGGCCACGGGGAAGAACGUGCUCUUGUUGCCCAUGGGCAGUUCCACCGACGCGGCGCACAGUAUCAAUGAGAAGCUGGAUCGGAGGAACUACAUCGAGGGAACGAAGCUCCUAGGCGCAUAUCUGCACUAUGUGGCCGAAGAGCCCAUGGUUGAGGCAAAGUAA